AUGACAGGAAAUCUCUCAUUGUUACACAACCUCGAGACGAUUCUCCCUUGUUCUAUUGGUUUUGCUGAUGGUGGGAAAACAGUCUCUCUUCGCAAAGGAGUCUUGACUCUUUCCUCCCCUCUCACUUUACCUAAUGUUCUGUUUGUGCAAGAUCUCAAUUGCACUUUGAUUUCUGUGUCGAAGCUACUGAAACAAACCGGUGGUAUAGCUUUGUUUUCUGACACUCUGUGCGUGUUGCAGGACCGUUUUUCGAGGACUCUGAUUGGAGCUGGUGAGGAACGUGAUGGGGUUUACUACUUCAAGGAUGUUAUGGCUGCAAGGAUUCAUCGAGCAAUUGCGGAUUCGGAUUCUACUAUGUGGCACCAACGGCUAGGACAUCCAUCAUUUUAUGUGCUUUCUUCUUUACUUUUGUUUUCUGGUGUUUCAAAACCUUCUGAAGUUAGUAAAGUAAUGAAGAAUUUCUUCGUUUAUGCCGAGAAACAGUUUGGCAAAUCGGUGAAGAUGGUGAGGAGUGAUAACGGCACUGAGUUUAUGUGUCUCUCCUCUUACUUUCGCGAGAAGGGUGUUGUGCAUCAAACUUCUUGUGUGGGAACACCACAGCAGAAUGGUCGUGUAGAACGUAAGCACAAACAUAUACUGAAUGUGGCGCUUGCGUUACUCUUUCAAGGAAAUCUUCCGAUCAAAUUUUGGGGAGAAGCUGUGCUUACGGCGGCAUAUCUUAUUAAUCGAACACCAUCUGCUGUUCAUUUGGGUCGCUCUCCGUAUGAGUUGUUACAUGGUCAUAAACCGUCCUAUGACCAGUUACGUGCUUUUGGGAGUGAAUGCUAUACUCAUAGAGUAACUCGAGACAAGGAUAAGUUUGGUCAGCGGAGUCAAUGCUGUGUUUUUCUUAGUUAUCCAGUUGGUAAGAAGGCUUGGAAAGUUUUUGAUAUAGAGCGGGAGGAGUUUAUUGUAUCUCGUGACGUGGUGUUUAAGGAAACAGUCUUUCCUUUCUCGGUGACCAAUCCCUUCUUACCACAAUUUUCACCAUCUGCGUGCGUUGAUGACGACUGGCUUAUCUCUUCUAUUCCUUUUGUUGUGAGGGGGAGUGGCUCACCUGAAACUCCGUCUGUGGCAGUCAAUCCACAAGAACCUGAGGCAGCUAUUACACAAGAACCUGUGACAGAACAUUCACAAGAACCUGUCUCAGCAAAUCCACAAGAACCUGCCUCAACGACUGUCACAGAAACCUCUCCUCGAGAAUCCGUUAGCGUACAGAACACGGCUGGUGUGCCAUCGACUGACUCUGAUCCUCCUUUGGGUCGUGGUUUGCGCCAAAAGGCAGAAUCUGUUAAACUCCGUGAUUACAUCACAUACUAUGUUGUCUGCAGUCAAGACCCCCAUCACGCUCCUCCUGACCCUACAUCUCAGUCCUCGUCGGUCCAAGAUACAUCUCUCUAUCCAUUAUCUCACUAUAUCUCCGAUGAAGUUUCUCUCCAGGGCAGAAAGCUUUCUUUGCGGCCAUAA